CCUCAUUUCAUUUGAUUGUCAGCUAAGUUAUCAACAAACCAACAUAAAAUAUUCAUGGAGAAAUCAACAGAAACCGCAGCAGCAAGUGGAAGCAAGAGGAGAAAGAUGAAAAACAACAAUAAGGAGCAGGACCCAAUUGGAAGCAGUGAUUUCUCAGAGCUGGAAAUGGACGCAGCGGAGCAACUCAUACAACUGAGCGGAUCAAUAUCAGAUAACAAUGGCGCCACAGAAGAAAGCGAUGGCAAAACUGUUCAUCAUGGUGAUCAUGAUCAGGUAUGUUCCUCAAAAUACAGAACAACAAGAUUUGCAGAUGAGGUGGAAGAUGAUGAUGGUGAUGACGUACUAGCAAGUUUGGGGCCGAGCAGGAAGAAAGGAAGAUAUCGCUCGAUUUCCGAGCUGUACGAGUUGACAAAACCUCUUACUAAUCUUGUUAAUGUUGUAAAUUAUAAGAGGAAAAUGAGGGCAAAUUGAUUUUUGUAAAACUUCCUAAGAGUUAGAUGUUAGGUUAACUUAAACCCUUAUGUAUGUGAAUGAAUAUUGUAUGACAUACAUGUAAUUUGUAAAUUAAUUGUAAGCAUGGUUGUGUUUUCUUGGCA